UAUAUGUUAGUUUCUCAUUAGGCAUGCUAGUUUUUAGUUCUCGUGCUAUAUAUUUCUACAUGCCAUGGCCAUUUGUGUUUGUUAUAUAUGAUUCAGGAGCUUCUCUGACAUUUUCAAGCUAAGCAUUUUGUUUAUAAUCCUCUGAAAGAAAAUCCAGUAGAUAAUAUCUGAUAGGCCUGGAUCUAAAAGGCUUGCUUUUGUGAUGAGUCCUUCUCUUUAACGAAAAGAAAUGAAGGAAAAUUGUUCGGAUGAGAAAGACUGUGCAGCCGUUGUCCUUAAAAUUUCAAUAUACAUUAUUCAGUUCGUUACUAGACUACACUUGAUAAUACUUUCAUCAUCACACCACUAAGGCAUUAUAUAUCUAUAUUCUCAUUUACAGCCAACAGAGUGGGGAACCAUGAGCAUGUGUGAUUCAGAAAGAAGACUGCUAGCCAAUGCAAUGCUUGAUCUAUCCAAUGAAUACUUCAUCCUCUUGUCUGAGUCUUGCAUUCCUAUCCAGAACUUCACAACUGUCUAUAACUAUGUAUCACAGUCGCAACACAGUUUCAUGGGUUCAUUUGAUGAACCAGGCCCCUAUGGAAGAGGACGCUAUAAUGAACACAUGGCUCCUCUAAUCAAUCUUGAGGACUGGAGAAAAGGGCCUCAGUGGUUUGAAGUUAAUAGGGAACUUGCAGUUAGAAUUGUGCAAGACAGCGAUUACUAUCCCAAGUUCAGAGAUUUCUGCAAACCACAUGUUUGUUAUGUGGAUGAACAUUAUUUUCAGACCAUGCUUACCAUCAAUACUCCUCACCUUUUGGCCAACAGAAGCCUUACAUAUGUUGACUGGUCAAGAGGUGGGGCUCACCCGGCAACCUUUGUAAAGGAGGACAUCAAAGAGGAGUUCUUCAGGAAGAUAUUACAGCAGCACUCUUGCUCCUACAAUGGCCAGCCAUCUUCCCUUUGUUUCUUGUUUGCAAGAAAGUUUGCACCUGAUGCCAUUGAUGCUAUUUUAGAUAUAGCAUCCAAAGCUCUGGGAAUUUAAAAGACUAAAGUCCGGCAUACAGAGAUCAAUCAAAUUAUUUAUGAAAAGAAGCUUUGUAAAUGUGUACGCAUGAUUGAUUUGAUGAGCCUGCCUUUGGUAAAUCAAGUUUACCAAAGAUUUUCCCCCUUUAGGUUUACAUCUUAGUCACAAGUGAUUUU